AGUUAGUCGCUCUCCGUCGCUGCCGGAGAGUCUCUGCUUCCCCCUCCAGCCCGCUCCGCGGCGGUAGUUCGGUCUCUCCGGGGAGGGGGAGACAGAGAAAAAGAGAGACCAACUUAAUAAAGUUUCCUGAAACAACUGCUACCAGAAAGGCCCAAGGUGGGGGUAACCCCCAUCCUUCCCCGCCCCUCUCCAAAAGCCUGAGGGACCGUUGCAGGUGGAGCGGCGCUGAAGGGAGCCGGGCUGCGGCGGCAGCCGUUUCCCCGGCAAGGGGCGCUUCGGAUCUUGCCCACUCCGGUUCCGGCUCCUUUGAUAGUGGCCGCGGCGCUGCUGCCGGGCGGUUCCUCCUGUCAACUGCCCGCGCCCGCGCGCCGCCAGUCCUUCGGCCCCACAACGCGGAGGGACGCCGUGAGCCGCCGCCGCCUCCUCGGCCAGCGGAGGGACGUGGUGAGCUGUGGCGCUUCCGCGUCAGCGCCGGCGGGGACUCUUUGGGAGCGCGUCGGCCCGAACCCCGCUUCCCCUCGGCGUGGUCCGCGGCGACUGCGCCAGGUGGGGCCCGCAGCCGCCUCCCCGCCAGGCUGUCCCCGCAGCCGCCCGGCCUCCCUACCUUCUUUCCGCCUGGCCGCCGGCCCGCCCUAGGAGUUAACCCAGCCGCAAUGAAGAGCUUCUUGCAGUGAAAGGAAAGUAGGUCGCACCCACUGAAAAUGCCUUUGAGGGAUAAAUACUGUCAAACUGACCACCAUCAUCACGGAUGCUGUGAACCAGUUUAUAUCCUGGAACCUGGAGAUCCUCCUUUGUUACAGCAACCACUACAGACAUCCAAAUCUGGUAUUCAGCAAAUAAUUGAAUGCUUUCGAUCAGGAACUAAACAACUUAAGCAUAUUUUAUUAAAAGAUGUGGACACUAUUUUUGAAUGUAAAUUAUGCCGCAGUCUCUUCAGAGGAUUACCAAAUUUAAUUACCCAUAAGAAAUUCUACUGCCCACCAAGUCUCCAGAUGGAUGAUAACCUUCCUGAUGUAAAUGAUAAACAAAGCCAAGCCAUAAAUGAUCUCCUAGAAGCCAUAUAUCCAAGCGUGGACAAGCGAGAAUAUAUUAUUAAGCUAGAACCCAUAGAAACAAAUCAGAAUGCAGUGUUUCAAUAUAUUUCAAGAACUGAUAAUCCUGCUGAAGUCACAGAGUCAAGCAGUACUCCUGAACAAACUGAAGUUCAAAUACAGGAAGCUAGCACUGAGCAAUCUAAAACAGUACCAGUUACUGACACAGAGGAGGAAACUGUAGAGACCCCUCCUGUUGAGAUUGUUGCAGAUGAAGUUGUACCUACAUCUGAUGAACAACCCCAGGAAUCACAGGCUGACUUGGAAACUUCUGACAAUUCUGAUUUUGGUCACCAGUUGAUAUGUUGUCUUUGUAGAAAAGAAUUCAAUUCUAGACGAGGUGUUCGCCGCCACAUUCGAAAAGUGCACAAGAAAAAGAUGGAAGAAUUGAAAAAGUACAUUGAAACACGAAAGAAUCCAAACCAAUCCUCUAAAGGACGCAGUAAGAAUGUUCUAGUUUCAUUAAGUAGGAGUUGUCCAGUAUGUUGUAAAUCAUUUGCUACAAAAGCGAAUGUAAGGAGGCAUUUUGAUGAAGUUCAUAGAGGACUAAGGAGGGAUUCAAUUACUCCAGAUAUAGCAACAAAGCCCGGGCAACCUUUGUUCUUGGAUUCUGUUUCUCCUAAAAAAUCUUUUAAGACUCGAAAACAAAAGUCGUCUUCAAAGGCUGAAUACAAUUUAACUGCAUGCAAAUGCCUCCUUUGCAAGAGGAAAUAUAGUUCACAAAUAAUGCUUAAAAGACAUAUGCAAAUUGUCCACAAGAUAACUCUUUCGGGAACAAACUCUAAAAGAGAGAAAGGCCCUAAUAAUACUGCCAACAGUUCAGAAAUAAAAGUUAAAGUUGAACCAGCAGAUUCUGUAGAAUCUUCACCCCCUUCCAUUACCCAUUCUCCGCAGAAUGAAUUAAAGGGAACAAAUCAUUCAAAUGAAAAAAAGAACACACCGGCAGCACAGAAAAAUAAAGUUAAACAAGAUGCUGAAAGCCCUAAAUCAGCUAGUCCCUCGGCUGCAGGUGGCCAGCAAAAAACUAGGAAACCAAAACUUUCAGCUGGCUUUGACUUUAAGCAGCUUUACUGUAAACUUUGUAAACGUCAGUUUACUUCCAAACAGAACUUGACUAAACACAUCGAGUUGCACACAGAUGGAAAUAACAUUUAUGUUAAAUUUUACAAGUGUCCUCUUUGCACUUACGAAACUCGUCGGAAACGUGAUGUGAUACGACACAUAACUGUGGUUCAUAAAAAGUCAUCUCGCUAUCUUGGGAAAAUAACAGCCAGUUUAGAGAUCAGAGCUAUAAAAAAGCCUAUUGAUUUUGUUCUAAAUAAAGUGGCAAAAAGAGGCCCUUCGAGGGAUGAAGCAAAACAUAGUGAUUCAAAACAUGAUGGCACUUCUAAUUCUCCUAGUAAAAAAUAUGAAGUAGCUGACGUCGGUAUUGAAGUAAAAGUCACAAAAAACUUUUCUCUUCACAGAUGCAAUAAGUGUGGAAAAGCAUUUGCCAAAAAGACUUACCUUGAACAUCAUAAGAAAACUCAUAAGGCAAAUGCUUCCAAUUCACCUGAAGGAAACAAAACCAAAGGCCGAAGUACAAGAUCUAAGGCUCUUGUCUGAUAACUUCAAGUGAUGUACGAAAAGGUUUGGAGUUCAUUUUUGUGGAAAGACUUUAAAUUGGUGUUAGAACCACUUACGUCUUCACAUGGUACUAUGAGGAAAAAAACAAGAGAAAAACAUUUUCAUAAAAUUUCGACUGUAAUUCUGUUUUCUGACUAAAAUAAUAGCCAUCUAACUACUUAUUUCUAAGGCAAUGCCUAUUGCAUCACUUUCAAGUAGCUAUGACAUUACAUACCGUCAUCACAGUCCAUCAGCUAACCACCUUGACCUUGUGAAUUUGGUCUACAGUUUCUACAAAAAUGUUGCAAAUUUUUGUUUUCCACAUAAUUUGUUGACUAAAGUGAUCAACAUCCUGAAAAAAACAUUGGUUUUUAAUUGACAGAGAUUUUAUAUCUUAGUGAUUUUAGUUUUGUUUCGCUGUAUUUGGCAAUUUUUUUUCUAGAUUGUACAGAUAUGAUUUUCUAGAAAGUGUAUAUUAGGAACAAAAGACAACUUAGUGUCAGCACAUUAUAAAUAUUUAGCCUACUAAAUAUUUGUAAUCAUUUUCACAUCCAUUUAUUUCUAAAUUGUUUUCUAGUACUUGAAUGUUUGAAGUUUUUUUCUAAAUUAUAUACUUCAGAAAGUUCCAGCUCAUUUUCAUGCAUGGAUCAUCACAUUUUUCAUUUAAACAUCUGAGGUUUUUAUGAAAAUUAAACAUUCCCCUAUUUAAAUUUUAUAUAAAGCACUUUAAUGAUAGAUGAAACCUUAUUUUUCAGUUUCUAUUUUUUUAAAGACCACACAUUUACUAAUGUUAAUAUGAAGGUAGUAAAUAGCUUCCUGAUGUUUUAUGGAUGCAGACAAUCCAUGCACAACCACUUCUAUGAUACUAGUUUAUUUCUUUAAACAUUGCUAAAAAGGAAGAUGGGGGUGUAAACCCUGAUUUUUUUUUCCCUCCCAAGAAAAAUUUAAAAUGACCACUUUAGCUAUUAUUUGAUUUCUACUGUAAAAUUUAGAGAAUAAUGAAUUCUUGUCCAUUUUUGUAAUCAAGAUUUUAGAAAAAACAGAAGUACAUCUAUCUUUAUGAAAUUUUGGGCAGGUUUUUGUGUAUCAAUAUUUUGUACUUUUUAGGGAAUAUUUUAUUUUUUAGUAAUUUGUGUCAAAUUAUAAUUUUAAAGGGUACAGCAGAAAAUAUACCAUGUUUUUAUAUAGGUUUACACCUGUACUUAGAAGGGACCCUGUCCACCAAUAUACUUUUUGUAUAAAAUUUUAAAAUGUUGGAGAUUCACAAGGUCAUAAUAAAAUGCUCUAUAGCUAGAAAAACAUUUACCCUCUUAGUGCUUUGCACUAAAAUAUACUGUGAAAGGAAAUUAGAAAGACUGUAAUUGUUGCUGGAAAUGUUCUAUAUUGAAUGUACAUGCUCUUGUUGGAAAAAUGUACUAUAUGUGAUGGAAAUAAACCAGACUCAAAGUUAUUUCAGCUAAAUAUGCUUCAACAAGGGUGCAUUGGUUGAAACUUAAAUGUUUUGUUAUCAAAUUUGAACUUUCAGUGACUAUGAACAGCUACUUGAAUUAUAUCUUGAUAGUUUUAUUUUUAAGAAGUAAUGAUUUCUUUUUAAUUUAAAAACAGAUUACUUUUCCACAGAUGGAAAAUUUUUAUUUGUAGGUUUAACUUUAAUGGCUCAGAGCAUAAUAUAUUUAGUGUAGGUGGUAUUUCAUUUAUAAACCUUCUUCAUUAGUUGCACAUUAUUAAACCUGUAUGUUUUCCCUUU